AGUUUUCAGUCAAUUUCAGCUUGUAGUAGUAGGUCAGACGCCGCGACGCGGCUGGAAAAGCUGGCGUACGUGUACCAUAAAGUGUUCGGGAUUUGAAUCGCGUGCUGUCUCGUGGACUGCGAGUGAAAUCGGUCGAGGCCAUAGGAAACACGUGUUGCAUCUGUUCAGAUGACUGAAGAGUUGAAACUACCAGGAUAACCGGGGAUAUAAUGCACAGUUGUUGCUGCUGCAAAUUUUUAUCUAUUAUAUUGAUGAUCGUUUGGUGAAGCUUUAGAAGCUGUUCGAAGGGUCGAUAUUUUGCUGAUGAAAUAAGGAUAAAUCAUGGAGUUUAUAAACUAUAUUAUUUAUCUUGGAGGAUGGCGUCCUUACUUAUUCUCAUACGAGUGUAUCUUGGAUGUUCUCCAGAGCAGAAAAAAAUAUAAAAAAGAAAUGUCAUGUUGCGGCGAUCCGACAGCACACCAACCACCGCCAGUGGCGUCGGUUUCUGUUUUAAAAACACUCACGGCAUCGGGAGAAUCCGUGGAAUGUCCGGAUCCAAUAGUGGCUGCUGCGAUGUUGGAAGCAACGCAACUGACAGACAGAGAGCGGGAAAUAAUCCUGGGAGUCCUUGGAAGGGACGAAUUGCUAAGGAGGGAUCAGCAGCUGCGAGUUUUGCAAUUGAAAGCCGAACUACAAAAUCUAAGACGAAAAGGCGCAUUGAGACCAUCAACCGAUUUGGAUACCACAGGGCCGGACCAGGACCCGGACCGAUAUUGUAGGCGAUGCAGGGUCAAACUAGGGAGAGUCAUCAACAGAGGAGCUUACUGCAGGGCUUGUCGCUUAAAAGUCUGUAAAGCAUGUAGAGAAUAUUCACUUCGAACUACCGACUGGGUGUGCACAGUCUGCAAGAAACAAAUGGAGAUUCAAGCAGCAAGCGGAGAAUGGAUGAAUGAGUUCGUGAAGAGGCCAAAUAAGCGGCGUGAAAACCGAGUCUGUUUACCCACGGCUGAUAUUAUAAAAAGGACUAUACGGAGAUCGUGGACAAUAUCAAAUCCGACCCCAAGAUGGAGUGCAAUGCGCGGAUCUCCCGAACUUCGACCCUACAACAGUCUCCCACGUAAACAGGAUAUUAACAACUACCCAUCCUUAGCCUUACAUCAAACCAAGAAUCAAGAAGUACCCCUUCAAGAAGCUCCAUCACCAACAUACAGACGAAGAUCACCAAGGAGAACUCAGUCUGAAGACAUUUACGAUGACCAAAGUUCAUCAAGCCAAUACAGGGGUAUUUCUCCCAUAACUCAAAGUGUUAACUCUACAGAUGUAGAUAACCUGAGACAUUCGAGGAUGAAUCCUUUAAGCAAACUUUCGGAUGGUAGGCUGGAUAUUGAGCGACGAAGAUCGCCUAUGAGACGAAGUAAUGAAGGUAGUAGUGAGGAUGGGAGCUCCAAAGAGGAUGGAAGUCCUAAAUCUAAAGGUAUUUUGACGCCCGAAACCGCUCGAAAAUUCGAACGAAAUUAUAUCGAAAAGCGUGUAAGCUUCGAAAGUCAUGUCCCCUAUACGAAAAUGUCUAAACCGACUCCUGUUUUAAGAACUCAAUCACUGAUUGAAGGACGAGUGCAAAAUCAUUUACCAAGCAGGUACUCAGUGCACCAAGAGGAUAACUCAGAUAAUUCAGAGGAAGCUACUCAGGGUGAUGUGCAAGAUUCAAGAGAAGAAAAUAAUUCCAUAGAACUCUGUGAAAUCGAGCCUUUCAGUGGUACAGUUUUCAGAAAAAUGAUGGUCCGUAGACGAAGACAGAAUAAUGCUAGAAGUAUUUCCGGUUCCGCUACAAACUGUUCAACGACGGAAAACGCGAAUGUAGCAAUCUAUAGAAAUCCUGUCCUUGCACUAACCUUAACGGUGGCGGGCUCUACCAUAAUUUUCCUCAAAUCCAAAUUAUCCAACCAAUUGUCCUCUGACCGCAUCACUGGUCUGGUCCCAGGUUGGCGCAGAGGUCCAGAUUCCGAUCUUUGGGAUAUAUUGCUGCCAGAAGGCGACGACUACAAGCUGGUGUUCAUUAACUCAGAUGGAUCCUCCAAAGAAGAAACUUCGUCUAGAGAAGAAGACGAUAACGAUAGCACCUCAACUACGUCGAGUUUUCCUAUAGACGAAUGCGAUUGGGAUUAUUUCGAACCUGGAACUCGACCUACUCCUGUAAUUAAUUGGGGCUCUCCGUUCGGGUCUCCUAGAGUCUACAGAAGAGAUAUGGUAGAGAGUCCGAUUGGAUCACCGUUAGUCUAUAGGAGGCGCAUGCGCGAAUCAGACACCGGCACCGAUGAAGAUAACAUUAGACAAGAUAGCGGAUCUCCAGCAUCAUCAGACAGUCUUUUCCAAUCUAGAACGUUGUCGGAAGAAAUAUCUUUCGACACCAAUCAAUCCCGAAGAGAAAAAGUGUUGGAUGAUACAGCUGCUUUACAAUGUGUCCAUUCAGAAGAAGUUUUCACGAAACCCUCCUGCCAUGCAUGCGGUGCACAAACACAAUUCAUUCCUAUACCCGUACCAGUACCCAUCCCAUUCCCCGUGCCCACGUUAUGGCCCCCACAUGAGCCACCACUGAUGGUCUUCGGUGAACAACGGUUUCGCGUAUUACCGCGCAACUUGUGGCCGUACCUGAGUCAGUCCGCCCUUAUCUGGCCGACACUCAAUGCAAACGGUGGUAACGUCGGUACCACUAUGCCCGCAACAACCGACCGUGAUGGCUGCGCGCUUGAAACACACAAAGAACCCGAUAACGUACCUCCGAUUGUUGAAGCGGAAGAAAAUAUUACGGGGUACUUGGAGUGUGAAAAUCGGUACGCGUCUACUAGUGACUCUUCCAGUGAUUGUAGUGAUAAUUCGGGAUCUCGAGUGCGUCGGAUGUACAACGUUAGUGGUACCGAGCGGCAUAGCGACGAUGCUUUACCCAGUAGCAAUGUUUCUAGUGAUAAUGAUGAGGAGGACGGACGUAUGUCACAUAGUUCAGUCAGAGAGGAUGAUAUGACUUCGUCGGGAUCAGCUGAUACGGAUAGUGAUGAUACCGGCACUGUCGCCGAUCAAAAAACGAGAAGAUUUUCGCGAAUAUUCGUCGUUAAUAAAAACUUAUCCUCCUCAUCGAAUUCGUGUAGUUCUAGUAGUGAUACGGAUACUUCAGAUAACGACACCGACACGGAAUUAGAUUGCACUGUAAUUUUAACAAAUGUGAAGCAAUUAGACGAAAAAGAUGACGUCUGUGAUAGUAAAUCGAGUGAUAAAGCUACUGAAAACUCAACAAAGCAAAAUAAAGAAAAUUAUUUCUCAAGUCCCGGGUUAUCCGAUGUCAGUGCCGAGUCUGUGAACUCUAGUGAUGUCGAUCAAAUUAAGGAUUUCAACGAUACAUCAAAAGAUUUUAUCUCCAAAGAAAAUUACGGGGUUAAUGAACUAACAGAUAAUGUUGAUUCAUAUUUAUCCAAGGCAAAUGUAGAGAAAAAUUUAUGCAAAAAUAAACAAAAACUUUCCGAUGUUAUUAAUGAAAAAACUUUUUCAUUUGAUGAUUCUGAUUUGAUAGAAACGGAAUUGUACACUGAUGAAGUUGCUGUAAUCAAAUUAACUAAAAGUGAUAUUGAAGCAAUUAAAAAAGAGUACGAAACAGAUUUACCGUUUGGUGAUGAAUUUAAACUCAAUGAGGCUGUACAUUUUAAAAUUAAUAAAGAUGAAGUAGACGAACCAGAAAAUAAUGUAAGAAAUGAGAAUGAAGAAAAAGAAUCAUAUCAAGGUUCGAAAAAAAUCUCAAGCUCUUCAAUUAAAUCUAAUUUAACAAAAGGAAAUACAAAUAAAGAUUUUGUUAGUGUGAAAACAUCUAAAAAAUCUACGGUUACAUUCAAUUUAUCGGAGGAAUCGUCUAAUUUUGAAAAUGAAAAAUGUGAAAAAAUUACGACUGAAUUAAAUCCCGAUGACGACGUCAAUGUGGUCUCAUCAGAAGUUGAUAACACUGCAAAUAUUAACACAAAAGAAGAAACAGAAAAAUUACUACUAUGUGCCAAUAAAGGUGAUGCCUUAAUUGCUCAUGAAAAAUACGAAAGUACCAGUUACGACGACAUCAACAAAUCUGAAACUAGCAGCGAAAGUUUAACUGAGGACCAAGUGCAAACUACUCACCCACUCCAGGGACAAAUCAAACUCAGCUUGGACAUAAAGGACAACGUAAUUACAACUGAUAAAGCAGUAUUAGAAGAUGAAAAAGGUAAGACAAAUAUUUAUAAUAAGACUGCAUGCUCUACAAUCAAAACAAAUAUGACAUUAGACGGACAAAACAUUGAAAAUUUAGAAUUCAGAUCCAUUAGUUUCACUAACAUAUUAGAUAAUGAUGAUGAUAAUGGGAGUAACCAAAGCUCUAUAACAGAGACAACACAAAUUUCAGAUAAUGAUUAUAUGAAUGAAAUUAAAACACUUCUGGAAUCUUUCGACUAUCAAAAAACUGAUGAUGAAAUUACAGUUUCAUCAAUUCUCACUUCUGACACAAAUGUAACUGAUAAUGUAAACGCAGAAAAAAUAAAUAACGAGUACCUAAAAAUUGACAUAUUUGGUGACCAUAUAAUUACUAAUCAAGAAAUAAAAGAACAUUUUAAUGCUUGCGAAGAGUUACCUCAUCCAAUUGAAAAAAUAAAUGAUAUUGACGAAUACAUUGACAUUGAAAAACCACUUUUGGAUAUAUCUCAAGCUUGUUCCAUCAACUUUAAGUCAAAUACAAGCAAUACUGAAGAUGAUAUUGCUGAUUUGAUGUUUUUCGAUGAGGAAGACGUUAAAAUAAAUGACUCUAUGACUGUAUCAGAUAAAGUUGUCGUUGAAGCAUAUAAUUUUCAGAAUAUGAGUGACGAUGACAAUAAUCAUUUGAAUAAAAAUGGAAUAAAGAAAGACAUUGAAACAAAAGCUGAAGGAAAAAAUAAAUUUGAGGAACUUAUCAACUCAUUUGAUACUGAUACUUUGAAAGACAUUGAAAAUAUUGAUGGAUAUGGAUACUUAAAAUUAGAUAUAAAUGAUGAGGAUAUCAAAAAUAUAACAGAUAAUGUAGAAGCUGUUGUAAUUAACAUUUCAGAUAUUGAUUUCACACAAUCAACUUAUUAUUUCAUAGAAUCAAAAAAAUCUGUUGAUAGAAAUCUUCACGACGAUAGUGUGGUGGAAACUUGCAACAAGAGCUCACAGAUUAGUGAAGAAAAUAAUAAUGAUCAUAUUGGAAAUGGAAUCCUAAGUUCAAAAGUUGUAUGUGAUGAUAGAAAAAAAAUUAACGCGGAAGAUUCUCAAGAUAUUGUAAUUCUGGAUAACUUAGCUAACCUUGAUUCAGUUGAAAGUGAAGUUGAAGAACAGAAUGAUUUGCUUGGCACUAGUACUUCAAUUACCAGGUUGGUACUAAAAGCAAAUGAAUUUGAUAAUGACAGUAACAGAAUAUUAGAUACAUUAGAAGAAUCAAAAAUGAUUGACCACAAAAAUGUUGAAAAAUUAGAUGAUACUUUAGAGUUGGAUUUAAUAAUACCUUCGAAGAUCGAAGAAAAUUACAGUGCCAUUAAAAAUCAAAAUGAAGUAUUUUCUCACAUAACUACUGAAAUACUCGGUGCUGAUAUAAAAACCAACGAGGAGAUAAAUAUAAAGGUGGAUAACUUUAGUGAACCAAGUAAACAAUGUAAUAAAAACUUUCAAACUAUCGAUGCAGGAUUGAAUUUAAUAGAUACUACAAGGAAUGUUGACAGUGAGAGUGGGUUUACUCACGACAAUGAUAUGCUAAAAAAUGAAACAAUUUUGACUGGUUUUGUAGAACCCACGACAACCGAUCUUCUGUUAUCACUUCAAAAUAAAAAAAUUAAAGAAAUUACUGAUAAAAGUGUGACUAAUAGCAGCAAAAUCAAUACAACACCUAGCGCACCAAUGGGAGUUCAAGAAACAGUUACUGACAAUAUUCAUGAAAAUGUAAAACUAUUCGAUGAAUUUGGCGCCAAUAAUAAGAUAGAGUAUGGAUUACAAACCAUUGCCCCCGUAUUAGCGAAUACAACUAAAAUAUCACACAACUCCCAAAAAGAAACAGUAAACGAAUCACAUGAUAAUUAUGCGCUUAAUUCAGGAAGUAUCGAUGAAAAUACAAGAGAUCCAUCCGCACAACUCGAUGUGAAAUUCGAAAUAAGGGCUUACGAUACGAAAGAUAUCGAUUUGUAUGGAGAAGCUGAAAAAUCAGUAACCACAAACGAUUCACCUAAUGAAUUAAAUACAGUUGUAUCACCCUGUUUGAAAUAUGAACUAAAUGUUUUCGAUUUAGACGAGAUUGGCGUCCACGAAAAAUGCGAAAAAUCACCAAUUAUUAGCGAUACACCUGAUACAAUGAGCAAAGCUGUAUCACCUAAUCGGAGAUUCGAAUUAAGCGCUUUUAAUAAUGAGGAGAUUGAUAUCUAUAAAGAAUCCGAUAUAUCACCAAUUAUCAGCGAUUCAUCUCAUACAAUAAGUACGGCUGUAUCUUCCUGUAUGCAAUUUGAACUUCGUGAAUCCGAUACGGAAGAAAUCGAUAACUAUGAAGAAACCGCAAAAUCACCAAUUAUCAGCGAUUCACCUGACACAAUAAGCACAACUGUAUCACCUUGUAUGAAAUUCGAACUAAGCGCUUUUGAUAAUGAGGAGAUUGAUAUGUAUGAAGAAUCCGAUAUAUCACCAAUUAUCAGCGAUUCAUCUGAUACAAUGAGUACGGCUGUAUCUUCCUGUAUGCAAUUCGAACUUGGUGCAUUCGAUACGGAAGAAAUCGAUAUCUAUAAAGAAACCGCAAAAUCACCAAUUAUCAGCGAUUCACCUGACACAAUAAGCACAACUGUAUCACCUUGUAUGAAAUUUGAACUAAGCGCUUUUGAUAAUGAGGAGAUUGAUAUCUAUGAAGAAUCCGAUAUAUUGCCAAUUAUCAGCGAAUCAUCUAAUGCUAUAAAUACGGCUGUAGCUCCAUGUAUAAAAUUCGAAUUUGGUUCAUUCGAUGAGGAAGAAAUCGAUAUUUAUGAAGAUACCGCAAAAUCACCAAUUAUCAGCGAUGCACCUGAUACAAUGAGCACAGCUUUAUCACCUUGUAGAAAAUUCGAAAUUAACCCUUUUAAUACCAAAGAGAUUGAUGUCUUUCAGAAAUCCGAAGAAUCACCAAUCACUUGCGGCUCACCAGAUGAUUCAAGCACAGUUGUAUCACCAUGUAUGAAAUUUGAAAUAAAAUCUUUUAAUUACGCAGAUGUCAAUGUCUUAGAAGAAUACGGCCAAUCAGCAAUCACAACCGAUUCUUGUGAUGAAGAGAGCACAGUAGUAUUACCCUGUAUGAAAUUUGAAAUAAAAUCUUUUGAUAACGAAGAUGGAAAUGUAGAAGAAUCCGACAAAUCAUCAAUUACAGCCGAUUCUUGUGAUGAAGUGAGCACAGUUGUAUUACCCCGUAUGAAAUUUGAAAUAAAACCUUUUGAAAACGAAGAUGCUAAUGUCUUAGAAGAAUCCGACAAAUCAGCAAUUACAACCGAUUCUUGUGAUGAAGUGAGCACAGUAGUAUUACCCUGUAUGAAAUUUGAAAUAAAAUCUUUUGAUAACGAAGAUGGAAAUGUACAAGAAUGCAAAACAUCAGCAAUCACAACCGAUUCAUCUGAUGAAUUGAACACAGUUUUAUUACCUCGUAUGAAAUUUGAAAUAAAACCUUUUGAAAACGAAGAUGCCAACGUCUUAGAAGAAUUCGACAAAUCAGCAAUUACAACCGAUUCUUGUGAUGAAGAGAUCACAGUUGUAUUACCCCGUAUGAAAUUUAAAAUAAAACCUUUUGAAAACGAAGAUGCCAAUGUCUUAGAAGAAUCCGACAAAUUAGCAAUCACAACCGAUUCUUGUGAUGAAGAGAACACAGUAGUAUUACCCUGUAUGAAAUUUGAAAUAAAAUCUUUUGAUAACGAAGAUGGAAAUGUAGAAGAAUCCGACAAAUCAGCAAUCACAUCCGAAUCAUCUGAUGAAUUGAACACAGUUUUAUUACCUCGUAUGAAAUUUGAAAUAAAACCUUUUGAUAACGAAGAUGCCAACGUCUUAGAAGAAUCCGACAAAUCAGCAAUCACUUGUGAUGAAGUGAGCACAGUUGUAUUAUCCCAUAUGAAAUUUGAAAUAAAACCUUUUGAAAACGAAGAUGCCAACGUCUUAGAAGAAUCCGACAAAUCAGCAAUCACUUGUGAUGAAAUCAGCACAGUUGUAUUACCCCAUAUGAAAUUUGAAAUAAAACCUUUUGAAAACGAAGAUGCUAACGUCAUAGAAAGAUCCGACAAAUUAGCAAACGCAACCGACUCAUCUGAUGAAGUGACCACAGUAGUAUCACCCCAUAAGAAAUUUGAAAUAAAACCUUUUGAAAACGAAGAUGCUGACGUCUUAGAAUUAUGCGACAAAUCAGCAAUCACAACCGAUUCUUAUAAUGAAGGGAGCACAGUUGUAUUACCCUGUAUGAAAUUUGAAAUAAAAGCAUUUGAUAUCGAAGAUGCCAAUGUUUUAGAAGAAUCAGACAAAUCUGCAAUCACAACCGAUUCAUGUGAUGAGGCGUGCACAGUUGUAUUACCCUGUAUGAAAUUUGAAAUAAAAGCAUUUGAUAUCGAAGAUGCCAAUGUUUUAGAAGAAUCAGACAAAUCUGCAAUCACAACCGAUUCAUGUGAUGAGGCGUGCACAGUUGUAUUACCCUGUAUGAAAUUUGAAAUAAAACCUUUUGAUAACGAAGAUACCAACGUCUUAGAAGAAUCCGACAAAUCAGCAAUCACUUGUGAUGAAGUCAGCACAGUUGUAUUACCCCAUAUGAAAUUUGAAAUAAAACCUUUUGAAAACGAAGAUGCUAACGUCUUAGAAGAAUCCGACAAAUCAGCAAACGCAACCGACUCAUCUGAUGAAGUGACCACAGUAGUAUCACCCCAUAUGAAAUUUGAAAUAAAACCUUUUGAAAACGAAGAUGCUGACGUCUUAGAAUUAUGCGACAAAUCAGCAAUCACAACUGAUUCUUAUAAUGAAGGGAGCACAGUUGUAUUACCCUGUAUGAAAUUUGAAAUAAAAGCAUUUGAUAUCGAAGAUGCCAAUGUUUUAGAAGAAUCAGACAAAUCUGCAAUCACAACCGAUUCAUGUGAUGAGGCGUGCACAGUUGUAUUACCCUGUAUGAAAUUUGAAAUAAAAGCAUUUGAUAUCGAAGAUGCCAAUGUUUUAGAAGAAUCAGACAAAUCUGCAAUCACAACCGAUUCAUGUGAUGAGGCGUGCACAGUUGUAUUACCCUGUAUGAAAUUCAGUCAUACAUCAAUAAAACCUUUUGAUAACGAAGAUGCCAACGUCUUAGAAGAAUCCGACAAAUCAGCAAUCACUUGUGAUGAAGUCAGCACAGUUGUAUUACCCCAUAUGAAAUUUGAAAUAAAACCUUUUGAAAACGAAGAUGCUAACGUCUUAGAAGAAUCCGACAAAUCAGCAAACGCAACCGACUCAUCUGAUGAAGUAACCACAGUAGUAUCACCCCAUAUGAAAUUUGAAAUAAAACCUUUUGAAAACGAAGAUGCUGACGUCUUAGAAUUAUGCGACAAAUCAGCAAUCACAACUGAUUCUUAUAAUGAAUUGAGCACAGUUGUAUUACCCUGUAUGAAAUUUGAAAUAAAAGCAUUUGAUAUCGAAGAUACCAAUGUUUUAGAAGAAUCAGACAAGUCUGCAAUCAUAACCGAUUCAUGUGAUGAGGCGUGCACAGUUGUAUUACCCUGUAUGAAAUUUGAAAUAAAACCUUUUGAUAACGAAGAUGCCAACGUCUUAGAAGAAUCCGACAAAUCAGCAAUCACUUGUGAUGAAGUCAGCACAGUUGUAUUACCCCAUAUGAAAUUUGAAAUAAAACCUUUUGAAAACGAAGAUGCUAACGUCUUAGAAGAAUCCGACAAAUCAGCAAACGCAACCGACUCAUCUGAUGAAGUGACCACAGUAGUAUCACCCCAUAUGAAAUUUGAAAUAAAACCUUUUGAAAACGAAGAUGCUGACGUCUUAGAAUUAUGCGACAAAUCAGCAAUCACAACUGAUUCAUGUGAUGAAGUGUGCACAGUUGUAUUACCCUGUAUGAAAUUUGAAAUAAAACCUUUUGAUAAAGAAGAUGCCAAUAUCUUAGAAGAAUCCGACAAAUCAGCAAUCACAAGCAAUUCAUCUCAUGAACCAAGUUCAGUUGUAUCUCCCUGUAGGAAAUUUGAACUCAAAGCUUUCGAUUCUAUAGAGAUCGAUGUCUACGAAAAAGCCAAAAAAUCACCUAUUUCCACCGAUUCAAAUGAUACAACGAGGACAGCUGUAUCACCUUGUAUGAAAUUCGAAAGAAAGCCCUUUGAUAAUGAAGAAGUCAAUGUCUUUGAUGAAUUCAAAAAAUCACACAUCACAAACGAUGAAUCUUAUAAUAUAAGCACAGUUUUAUCACCCUAUAUAAAAUUUGAAAUAAAACCUUUUGAUACAAAAGAGGUCAAUGUCUAUGACGAAUCCCAUGAAUCACCAAUCACAAGCAAUCUAUCCGAUAAACCACCGAUCACAAACUAUCCAUCCGAUAAAUUGAGUACAGUUGCAUCACCCUGUAUGAAAUUCGAAAUUAAACCAUUUGGUGAAAAAACUAUUGACAUUUUCGAAGAAACCGAUAAAGAGCUCCAAACUGAAAAUACAGAAGAUGUAUAUGAAACAUUCGAAAGGGUUGUAUCGCCCUGCAUGAAAUUUGAAUUGAAGGCAUUCAAUACAGAAACAAUAAAUGUUUAUGACGAAUCCGAUGAUUCACUUGAAGAUAUAAGAGAAUCAUGUGAAACAUUCAGAAAUGUUGUAUCUCCAACUAUGAGAUUUGAACUCAAAUCUUUCAAUACAGAAACAAUCAAUAUUUAUGAAGAAUCUAAUGAUUCAAAUCAACCUGUAGCUAAAAAAUGUCUUGAUAUUGUCCCAAAUAGAAAAGAUCUGAACUAUUUGCAAACUUCUAAUCGAGCUGUUGUAUAUUCAAGUAAUUCAUUUGGAGAUGAUGAUAUAGAUAUCAGCAGAAGUCACGAAAUUAUCAAAAGUUUUGACAAAGCCGGUAAAAUGACCGACUGCAUGCUUGACAUUGGAAAUGAAAUCGAGGAUAAUGUCGAUUUUCUAAAAAAUUUUGACAACAUUAAGUUGGCUCAAAAUUUCAAAUUUACAUUAAGAAGUUAUGGUGAGGACGAAUCUAAAAAACAUUUAACAAAUAAAAGAGAUGCCACAACCCCAAAUAUAAUUGAAAAGAUAUUUAAAAGAAAAAGAAUUUCCGAGAAUGAUGAAUCAGAAACACAUGAGAUAACAUCCGAAGAAAUAUGUGAGAAACGCUUAAACAAAGAUCUGUUAGUUAGCAAAAUCUCCAGCGAAAAUCCUCUCAUUAGCAAUAUCAGUUGUCCCACAAUCCCACAUACUGAUAACGACCAAUUAAUGGACACCGUCGACGUCGGGGAAACUCCAGUAGAAGCGGCAGGCGCCGAUCACCAGCGUGCGCUUAGUGAAUGGAACGAGAUCCGGUCUAUCGAUGCCGUUAACGUAGAGGGGAAAUCGUUACACGCUCGUAACGACGGUGUUCAACCAGGUGCGAUAGUCUGCGGCGAGGUUUUAUCACGUCAUGCAGCGCGUUAUACGAGUCUAGUGAUGAUAACUCAAGAUCCCGCCCCCAACUAUCAACAGGUUAGUGUUGUCACCUCUGAUACUACUACCUUAGUGCCAGGGAAUGAUGUUAUUGUAAGGCAUACCAAUUGGCAAGAAGAUGAAAAUAAACAGCAGGAAAAAAUACGUGAUAACCAUAAACAAGAAAAAGAGAGCGUGACCGUGAUAACUGGGGGCGAUACACUUUCAGCUUUCGAAGAAGGUCUAGCAGACGACGAUUCUUGGGUAGAAAAUCUCAGUCAUGACGAUGAAGACGAAGACGAAUUCGCCACAAACUCCGGUACAGAGGAUUCUUCGUCUGGAGAAGAAGUUACACUUACUUGUUCUGCUGCAAUAGAUCAAGAAGAAGAUCUUAGAGGAUACCACAGGACUGCUAUCGAUUUUACUUUACAUACCAUUGUUGAAGAAAGCUGCGAAGAAAGUGAAGUAGAACAAAAUGUAUCGAAAAAGAAAGAGCGGCCUGCUUCGGCAACUGAUCUAGAAAAAUACUUUUUCUUUGGAUUAGGUGAUGGAAUGGGUCCUUCGUUGCAAUCUAACAGGGAAGAUGCAUUCUCAGAAACGAGUAGCAUCUAUAGUGAAGGAAUGGAAUCUCUUGGUAGUGAAGAAGUUCAAACUCCAAACGAUAAUUCUGAUCCGGCAGAACUUGCUUCCUCCAGAUUAGAAAAAUAUUUCUUGAGUGGAUUUAUGGGAUUUACGGCUGAAAGAAGGGAUUCUGAUGGAAGUGUUGGUAGUGAUAGUGAAGGCAGACCCAGUCCUGAACAAAGAAGAAAAAGAUUAGUCCGAGCUCGUGGUACGGGAAGGUCACAUUCAUCGUCAUUAGAUAAUUUAGAUAAUGCUAUUAGCGAACAAACAAUUGAAACUCAGAUGAGCUCAGAGCAUUCCUCAAGUUCUGAUUCUGAAAACUACGAUGAAACUAAUAGUUUUGAAAAACCAGAUGGACAAUUCGAUACAGUUAAGAGAAAGAAAAAUAAAAAGCAUAAAAAUACGACAUCUACCGAUGAAUCGAAAAACUUGGAAAUAACUCAAGAAAUUGAAGAAAAAUGUAGCGAAAGCGACGAAGAUGGUCACAAAACACCACAACCAGAAGUUCAAUCACCUAUAUCGAAUUUAACCACAACAAAAAAUCAACAAAGUAGGGAUAGUGGUUUUGUAGGUAGUUGUGAUGAUUUGUUACGAGAACAGAGAGACAAUAGUACUCCAGAUUUCACAUCAGGUAAAAACGAAUUAAUCAAAACAGAGUUGGAAGGUAUAACAGAAGAAAAGAAACUAGAAGAAAAAUUGAUUUCAGUCUCCACUCCACCAGCAACUUCCUUAACAAGAAAAGAUAGUUUCAAUAAUUGGAGUUCCGAUGAAGAAACUAAUCUCAUGAUGUGUAAAAUGAGACAAUUUUUUAAAACAAUGGUUGCCAAUUCUCAAUUAAACGCCUCCUCGAAACCUUCCACACCUAACUUAAGUUGUACAAUUAAACCAGUUCCGAGUCCUCGUGCCAAACGUUGUAAGCCUCCUCAAUUAGUUUAUUUCGAAAACGAAUUGACCAGGUUAAUGAAAACCGUUCCUGGAAUAAGAGAAGAUCAAGUCAGAGAAAUUGUUGAGUACUUGAGUAGCGAAGAUACGUGGAGUGAUUCAUACGACUCUUCGGAUUAUACAAGUUCCGAUCUUGAAAUAACCACUACCAAAACAGUAUUACAACAACAAAUAUCUGAUAGCUGUAAACAAAUAAUAAAUAAAUUUGAUAAUAUAGUUGAUGAUGAAGGAGACGAAGGUGAUGGAGGUAUAAUCGAUGAAUCUCACGGAUUAAACAAGGAAACUGCAUUUGUGUAUCAAAAGCUUGUAGCUUCAUUCGAAAAAAUGGCAGCAGGUGAAAAUUCCGACAAUAAUAUAUCCAAAGUAACUCCACAUAGCUCACCACCUUUGAUAGCCAAAGUAAUGCAUCACAUUGGCAGUCGAUUGGUGGCAUUGAUGCAUGAAGUGUCUAGUGGAGAAAGUCAUGCAAGUAAUUCACCAAAAACAAAACAUUACCACAGAAGAUUGCAGCAUAAAAUAUCUUCGGCUUCUAGUACAACCACCGAAGAUGAUUAUCCAGACGGAACUGGUGAUAUUUCGAAUUACGACGAACAUGUACCAUACAAUUUGCUUCCAAGAAGCCGAUCUCAUGAUUUAUUGGUAGGCGAAGCUCGUAUAUUGCAUCAAUCUACUAGCGGCGUAUCCGAUAUUACAGAAGAAAAAGAAGCCAGUGAUUGUGAACGAUUUAGUUGGCGCGGUAGUUUCGAAUCUGCUUUGCUUGCUACUGAUUCCCGCAAUAGACUUUCUCUACUAGGCGGAGAAGCUUCGGCGUCUGCGUCUGCUUUAGCUAUAGCCGCAAAAAGACGAUCAGCCGGUGAUUUAUUAUUUACCAAUAAAAGUCUUAGUCGAGAACAGUUAGAUAGGGUACGGAGUUGUGGGAGCAUCGGUGGGGCGAAUAGUGAAGAUAAACUUUGGGUGGCGUCCGCGAUUCGACCAAAUCGACGUCGUUCGAGCGUACCUGAUGCUACUUGCGGUUCGGGUGGAUCUGCUGAUGGAGAAGACGAAGAUGAAGAUAUCGAAAGUAGAGCGACUCUACCUAGGAGUUUACAGGGUGGAACUCCUACUACGAACUCGUUACCGCGUCUUCCUACUACUAUUUCUUCUAAUAGUAUUCAAAAGAGUCAGAGUCAUCAUUUCUUAUCACAAAACGUUAAAAGUGCUCGAUAUCGUCCGCCGGGAUUUAAUAGGUUGAUGUCAAUACCGAAAAGGGCUGUUUCCGCUCCGGGACUACAACCAAGUCAUCAGAGACGAGGAAGGAGAUCUCAACAAAAUAAUGUUCCUAAUGAUGAAAGUGGAGUUUCUGAAGCUCAUUCAUCUCCUAUGCUUGCAUCACCUCGAAAUGGUACAAAAAGUGCUACCACCAGCCCGGUGACUUCCAUUUCAAAACGAAUCGGUCACGAUUGGCAUCAUGAAGAAGAUCUUGACAGGAUAGUCAGUUUACACGGAAGAGCGAGCCUGUCUACUCUAGGGGCUCGCUCGGAUUCAAUGGCGAGCGUGUACUCUGGAGCCGGAGAAGGCAGGUACGGCUCAGUUGCUGUUAGGGGGCAAGUAGAAUUCGGUUUACAAUACAACUACAAAGCUGGUGCAUUAGAAAUUCAAAUUAAACAAUGCAGAGAUUUGGCGCCUGUGGAUAUAAAAAGGAAUAGAUCAGAUCCUUAUGUUAAAGUAUAUCUAUUGCCCGAUAAAUCAAAAAGCGGCAAAAGAAAAACGAAAGUGAAAAAACACACGCUCAAUCCGGUCUUCGACGAAUGUCUCAAGUUCCACAUUUCUUUAAACGGUUUAGAAACAAGAACUUUGUGGUUAACUGUUUGGCAUUCGGAUAUGUUUGGUAGAAAUGAUUUCCUUGGGGAGGUCAUGAUGACUUUAGAGAAUAAAGUUUUUGAUGAUCCUACACCCAAGUGGUACAAUCUACAAGAAAGGACGGAACCUUUCGAAGACGUUUCUUCAUAUAAAGGCGAUAUAAUAGUGUGUUUGAAAUUCGUUCCUCCAGAUAUGACAAUUCAAAAGAAAGGUAAAAGAUCAAGAGGAGCGCUACACGUUUUAAUUAAAGAAGCUAAAUCUUUAACUGCGGUUAAAGCUAAUGGUACAUCUGAUCCAUUCUGUAAAAGUUAUCUUCUCCCAGACAAAGGUCGAAGUUCCAAACAAAAAACUCCAAUUGCGAGACGAACAACCAAUCCGGUAUGGAAUUAUACUUUUGUAUACGACGACGUUUCAUUACAAGAACUAGCGGAAAGAUGUUUAGAAUUAACUGUAUGGGAUCACGAUAGACUGGCUAGUAAUGAAUUCUUGGGAGGUGUGAGAUUUUCACUUGGAACAGGAAAACAUUACGGAAAGCCAGUUGAUUGGAUGGAUGCAUCAGGAAGAGAAAUGUCAUUAUGGAAGAAUAUGCUGGAGAAACCCAAUUUUUGGGUGGAAGGCUCAUUAUCAUUGCGAUCGUCUCUAGAGUCACGUGGAUCAUAACGUUCAUACUCGUUAAUUAAUGAAAAAAUAUGUUCGAAAUCCUAUAAAGAUGUUAUUAAUAAUCGAUAUUUUUGAAUGUUUGUUGAUAUGUUAUUGAUAUGUACAUGAGUUUAAAAAUGUAUAAUCAUUUUAAGCUGUAAGUAAAUUUUUAUUACUAGUUAUUUAAUGUAUACCUUUUUAGGUAAUUGUAAUUCUAACAAACUAUAUUUUCUUAUCAUAAUAAAUGUUUUCUAUGUU